CUCCAUUCUCAACCAAAAUCUCCUCUCCAUAGUAAUUUGUAUCAAUAAUAAUAAUAAUAAUAAAAAUAAAAAUUAAAUAAAUAAAAAUGGGCACGAGGCUCGGAGUGGUGGACGGCAUCUGGCUCUUCCAUCUUGCCUCCAAUUCCAAACGCCAAUCACUCAACGCUUUCUUCUUUCUUCUCCCUCUUCCAUGGCUUCUUCUCGCCCUGCUCUUCUGGGCCUAUCCAGGCGGCCCCGCAUGGGGAAAGCUCUACUGGAAAUGGAAGACUGCUCGCCCCCACGCCCGCCCCAUUCCAGGCCCCAGAGGACUUCCCAUCAUCGGCGCCAUGACCCUUAUGUCGGGCCUCGCCCACCGCAACUUGGCCGCCGCUGCCCAAGCCUGCGGGGCUAAACGUCUCAUGGCCUUCAGCAUCGGUCAGACACGCGCCGUCGUCACCUCACACCCAGACGUCGCAAAACAUAUUCUCCACAGCUCGGCUUUCACGGAUCGGCCCGCCAAGGAAUCCGCCUACGACCUCAUGUUCAACCGCGCCAUGGGGUUCGCGCCCUACGGCGUGUACUGGACGACGCUUCGGAAAAUUGCGGCGGCGCACCUGUUUAGCCCGAGACAGAUGAGAGGCUCGGAGCAGCAGCGGCGCGAAAUCGGGAAGCAGAUGGUGGGCAUGCUCCAUUCGAGGAAAGGACGCGAUGUUGAUGUUCGUGUGCGGGAGGUGCUGAAAUGGGCCUCCCUCAGCAGCAUGAUGUGGUGUGUAUUUGGGAGGAGGUAUGACGUCGAUUGCGACGAUUCUGAGCUGAGGGACUUGGUGGAAAAAGGCUACGAUUUAUUGGGGGAACUCAACUGGUCGGAUCACUUGCCUUUCUUGGCCGAAUUGGACAUACAAAAGGGUCGAAUGAAGUGCUCGCAGCUGGUGCCCAGGGUGAAUCGCUUCGUCGGUGGGAUAAUCACUGACCACAAGCUCAAGCUCGAGCUGGGAGGUGGCGUUGAUGAUUUUGUCGACGUGCUGCUUUCUCUUGACUGCUUGUCGGAUUCGGACAUGACAUCCGUCCUUUGGGAAAUGAUAUUCCGGGGAACAGACACAGUGGCAGUGCUAAUAGAAUGGAUCCUGGCAAGGCUAGUAUUGCACCCUGACGUGCAGUGCGAGGUCCACCGAGAACUGGACAGCGUCGUCGGCGGUCGUACGGUGACGGAGUCAGACCUAACGGAGUUGAAGUACUUGAGCGCAGUGGUGAGGGAGGUGCUCAGGUUACAUCCGCCUGGCCCGCUUCUGUCCUGGUCCCGUCUGUCCGUCAGAGAUACGGUGGUUGACGGGUACAAGGUGCCACGUGGAACCACCGCCAUAGUCAAUAUGUGGGCCAUCGGCCGGGAUCCGGACCUCUGGCCCGACCCACUGGCCUUUAACCCACGCAGAUUUCUCCAGGGCGGCGCCGGAGUUGGCCUGCACGACCUCAACGACCCCCGGCUCGCCCCCUUCGGAUUGGGUCGGAGAUCCUGCCCCGGGAAGGCAAUAGGGCUCUGCACGGUCGGCCUCUGGGUAGCUACACUGCUGCAACACUUCCAGUUUGUGUCCGCCGUCCACGUCGACAUGUCUGAGGUGCUCAGGCUGUCGUGCGAGAUGGAGAAUCCGCUUCUCGUCAGGAUCCGAUCCAGGCGGGCUCCUUGAUCAUCAUAGUAUUGUGUAUAUAUAUAUAUAAAUAGUAUUGUAUAUAUGUGCGUAUAUAAUGUAUAUAGUGCUCGUGUGUAUGUGUAGUUAGUUAGUUAGUUGUUAAAUAAAAGAAUGAAAAACACAUGGAGAGUGAAGGGCAGGCACGUGAGGGAGGGGGAAUGUAGGAGAAGGACAAUCUACCCAACAGCGAGUACGGUCCCGCUGCCCCGGUCAACCAACAAUGCCCUUGAGCGCCCUGUAGGCAUCCCAUCCCACAUGUCGUCCAUCCAGUCAAGGCUCCCCAAGACGGUCACCAAGUCGGAGCCAUCUCUUUCUUGUUGUUUUGUUGUUGAUACCAUAGUUUAUUAUUUUGUAUAUACGUUGUAUUAUUAUUAUAAAUAAAUAAAUGAAUUGCAUUAUAAUUU